CCGGGUUCUGCCAGCUCCUUCUGGAUAUCCUGUAAGUCGUUGACAACUGGACUCCGAAAACCCUAGUCAACAUCUUGUCAGUCGUCGACAGCUGCGUUUUGCCAGUCUGUGCGACAGGAGUCAGUCGCUGUCAUUGUAACCGAGUCUGCUUGCCUCCAGCCCUUUCCUGAACAAAGGCAUAGGAGAAAUGGUGGCUGACUUAUGGCAGCACUUCCGCGAGGCCAAGGUCCAGCAGCGCCUGCUGGACGCAGCGGACCGGCUCUACGCCAACCCGACCAAGGAGAGCGCCGACGACAUGCGCAAGAUGUGUAUUUGCCUGGCGGCUCUCAACAAGCCCCACCGCGGCCACAGCCGUAACCUCUACCCCGCGGGAACCGAGAACUCACCUGUCUGCGUCCCUUCGUGUCCUCUUCUUGGGGGAGCUUACGCCUUCUCGCUGGUGCGGCGGGAGUUCGACGUUGACCCGGACCAGUUUGGCAUCGUCGACUCGCGGUAUCAGCCGGCGUGGAAGACAGUCGGCGACGAAAAAGUGGAUCAGGAGUGCUAUGACUUGUGGCUCAAGACGCAUGCCACGAUGGCGAUGGUCCGGAAGAUGGCGUCGUUGGAGCUGGCCGAGCAGACAGCCUACUUGGCGGAAUUGGGGAGGCGGCGGUCGAGAAGAAAACGGCCAAGGGCGAGGACGACGAUGGACAAAUCUGUGAGGCGGGCAAAAAUGCGGACCAGAAUCCGGAAACCACUGCGAUUGAGACCAGCAAGGACGGUGGCAAUGAGGACAACUAUUUGACCUCCCCAGCACAGGCAAGUGAGCCUGUCGCCCAAAAGAAGCGGCUGCUGCCCCAGCCGGUGGAAACCAUC